AUGUCAAUGCCAUUUAACUUCAAGCAACCUGCAGGGCGAAGCAGAGUUGAAAGGCGUUUCUGUCUUAUGUUAGUGAUCUUGGCGUUAUCAUUACUUUCAACCUUUGUGCUUUUGCAGUCUUUAAACAUCACAUGGGGCUCAGGCAUAGUCAGGCCUAAGGGCAAGGCCAAUGAACCUAUCGACUUUGAAUACUUUCCUGAUGAUGGUAGGAGAUCAAAAGAAGGAGACGAGAAGAGUAGACCGGAAGGUUUCAUGCUAGAUGACUCGAAAGGACGAUGGAACAACAUGCCGAAAGGAUUGUUUAUAUCAAAACUUCGCCAGCAGCAGGCAAAGUUGAUCCGGAUGAAUUACCAUGCGAUGAUGUACCCGAUGGACAAACCCAUAUUCCCCUUCGAUGAAGCCCAGUCAUUACGAAGGAACGUUGUAGCCAACGUAUGCACCUCACUUGAAGUGAACGCCUAUGGCGCCAAGCCUCCUAUCCCCGGUCAUCUCCUUGUUGAUGAUAACCAUCAUCUCAUCUUUUGUCAGAUUCGUAAAGUAGCAUCUAUCACUUGGCGUCAAGUCCUCGAAGAAGCUGCCAAUACGCCGAGUAGUCAUAAGAUCAAACGUCUUAUCACUUACACCAAAGCGGAGAGAGACUACAGACUGAAGCAUUAUACUAAGAUCAUGUUCGUCCGUGAACCCAUUCUCCGGAUAGUCUCCGGAUGGUACGACAAAUUCGUCAGAACGAACGACCGUGAUCAACUCAACUAUUUAACGCGCUUCGGAUGCGACAUUGCCCGUCGUUCUGGUAAGAACAUGAGCGACUUCAAGCUUUGUCGACGCGACGAACUCAAUGAUGAUGACGGCGAAUUAUCAGGACCCGACUUGUUUUCACGACUGAAAGAAGCUCGUAGGUUGAGGAUAUCUUUCGAUGAAUUUGCCCGGUACCUGAUCAACGGACCUGUAGCCAUUAAAAACGACAUGCAUUGGGAGACCUACCAUUCUCGAUGUCAGCCGUGCCAGGUUGAUUACGAUUUCAUCGGACACUACGAGACGAUAGCGAAUGACGCCCACGAGAUCAUGCGUCGGGUCGGUCUUAGUAAGGACGUCUUCCCGUUCCCAUCGAGUCGGUCCAAUUCGGAGGACAUCGCCCGUGAAGUCCUCAGUGCCCUGGACCCCCUUCUGCUCAUGCGGCUAUCGGAGCUCUAUCACCUAGACUAUCAGCUAUUUGGCUACAACCUGAGGAAACUGCAAGAAUGGCUUGAUCAGGACCUGGAUGCUACAUUGUUCAACAAGAAUUACUGAUUUUGGUGUGUGUAAUGUUAAGACUAGGGGCGUAGCUAAGGAGGGCACAGGGACCCCUUCCCCCCUGCAAAUGGCAAAAAAAGGAAGAGAAUGAAAACUACGGAGGACACAUGAAAAGAAGAUGGUAGACCCCGUCUGACACCUCGUUAUCAUUAGCAUCUGUAAUUCGCACUUCAUCAGGCAAGACCAGUGUUCUUUUGUUCUCUUUCCAUAUCGUAUUCAGUGACGGAUGCGUGGGCACAAGCCCUCUCCCUCUAAGUUUAUGUACACCAAAAAUAUGUGCCAACCUCCCCGCAUCAAAUUUAGACAAAGAGAGCUCCUGAAAACUGUUGUUUGUUUGCUUGCUUGGAUAAAUUCGAGGCGGAAAUAAGUAGGAAACAAUUAGUUCAGAAAUGAAUAUAUCGCUUGUCAUCGU